CUCACCCUUAUGUAAAAGUUUCUUGCUUUUCUUGAUGUUCACGGGGUACACCACUUUACAUAUAACAAAUAAAAAAAAUAGAGAUUGAACCAAUUCCCAAAUCUCCAUCUCACCAAACCCUCUCUCUUCCCUUCCAUUCCCUUCCCUUUUCUCUGCAACUGUGAGCGCACAACAUACCAGAAAUGUCGUCUCUGAAGGAAAAGAACGGCGUGUGGGUGCCUCGUACUACCACCCAACAACCUCCUACUCGCCAAACCAGGCACCCCAAAAACCCUAAACCCAACUCCAUACCCAAACAAAACCCUAAUAAUAGUCCCCCUAAACCCCAUCACAACAACCCUGCUCCAUCCAAUCGCCAUCAAAUUCCUAAUCCAUCUUCGAAUCACCUCAAAUCCAAAAACCCACAGAAACCCAGUCGCUCUAAGCACUAUCAAAACCCUAAUGCAUCUGCUAAUCACAAUUACCCACGAAACCCUAGUCCAUCUUCUAACCAGCCAAACUCCAGCAACUCACAAAACCCUAAUCCAUGGUUUGACCAGCUCGAUCCCAACAGCUCAAAAAACCCUAACCCAUGGUUUAACCAGCUCGAUUCCAACAGCUCACAAAACCCUAAUCCAUGGUUUGACCAGCUCGAUUCCAACAGCUCAAAAAACCCUAAUCCAUGGUUUGACCACCUUGAUUCCAACAGCUCAGAAAACCCUGAUACAACUAACCACCAUCAAAACCCCAAUCCAUGGCCUAACCAGCUCGAUUCAGGCAACGCACAAAACCCUAAUCCCUUUCUAUCCAAUGAACCCACCAUGUUCACUGUGACUUUUGCCGGCCAAUCGGUUGAGACCACCAUCACAAGCGAGUCUUCAAUUGCAGACGAAUGGGUUCAGAAAGUCAUAGGAAAAAGGAAGAACGAUAAUGGCUUUUUGGUGGGUUUGGACAUAGAAUGGAAACCCAACUACGGUAGAGGCCAGGACAACGAGGCUGCAUUGCUUCAAAUUUGUGUAGAGAGAGAAUGCCUCGUACUCCAGCUUCUCUAUCUAGACAGCCUGCCUCGUGGCGUGAUGAAGUUUCUCUCUCAUGCCAAUAAUUGCUUUGUGGGCGUCGGAAUUGCGAAUGAUUUGGAGAAACUCGAGGAUGAUUAUGGCAUGAAGUGUAGAAAUCACCUGGAGCUGAGAAAAGUGGCUAGUGAGAAGAUGCAGAAGAAAGAUGUUUUGAACUGUGGAUUGAAGGAUCUGGUAAAACAGGUUUUGGGGGUGGAGCUGAACAAAUCGAAGAGGAUCACGAUGAGCGAUUGGUCGAGGACGUGCUUGACAGGGUCGCAGAUAGAGUAUGCUUGCUUGGAUGCUUAUGUUUGUGGAGAGAUGGGCAGGGUUUUGGUGGGUGGGUAUCAGUAUGAGUGAUGGUGGUGGUAAAGGUUAGAGAGAGAGAGUGGGGGAGGUUAUGAGAGAGAGGGUCGAUUUGUUACCUGGAGUGUGGGAGAAAGGGGAUAUGGUGUUUGGGUUUACAAAUGGAGCUGGAGGGUGUUCUGUUUUCUGUGCUAUGAGGUGAAGCCAUGGGCGUUUUGUUUCCUGGUUUUAGAGAGAGAGAGAUGGUGUGUUUGAUUGAUGGGGUGGUGACAAAUCAGGGAAGUGUCUGAUUCAGCAUUGUGUUUGUCCAUUUCACCCAUUUUUAACUGUUUUUUUGGGAUUUUUAUUUGAAGCUCUGCUAAACUUGGGUUUCUUUCUUCCUUGUACAUUUGCUUGCUUAUCUGCGUUUGCUUCUUACAUUACCUGCGUUUGCUUCUUGGAUUAUUGUAUGUCUCGUGAUCCGCAUUUCCAAAGAAAAUGAGGUUCCUA